CUUCCUUUCUCUUGGAUGGGUCCCUUGAUUGCUGAGGGUAACAAGAAAACAUUAGACCUUGAGGGUGUUCCUCAGCUUGAUACCAGCAACAGCGUUGUAGGGAUCUUUCCAGCAUUUAGAAAUAAGUUCCAGUGUGAUAGUGGUGGGAGCAGUGGAGUGACCACGCUUAAGCUGGUGAAAGCAUUGAUCUCUGUAUCCUGGGGAAUCCUAGUGACAGCUCCGUUCGCGCUUCUAAACACAUUAGCUUCUUAUGUUGGGCCCUAUCUUAUUGACGCCUUUGUUCAAUAUCUCAAUGGGCGGAGGGAAUUCAAAAAUGAAGGCUAUCUUUUGGUUAUGGCCUUUUUUGUUGCGAACCUUGUUGAGUGCCUUUCAGUGAGGCACUGGUUGUUUAGAUUGGAGCAGGUUGGAUUUAGGAUCAGAGCAGUACUGAUCACAAUGAUCUACAACAAGGGUUUGACUCUUUCCUGCCAGUCAAAGCAGGGUCAUACUACUGGGGAGAUCAUUAAUUUUAUGUCUGUUGAUGCGGAGAGAAUUGGGGGUUUCAGUUGGUAUAUGCAUGAUCCAUGGAUACUGAUUAUGCAAGUUGCUUUAGCCUUGCUAAUCUUGUAUAGAAACCUGGGCCUUGCUUCAGUUGCAGCUUUCUUUGAAACUGUAAUUGUUAUGUUGACAAAUGUUCCACUGGGGAAAUGGAAAGAGAAGUUUCAGGACAAGUUGAUGGAAUCAAAAGAUAAAAGGAUGAAGGCAACAUCUGAGAUCUUAAGAAACAUGAGGAUUCUCAAGCUUCAGGGAUGGGAAAUGAAGUUUUUGUCUAAGAUUAUGGACCUUCGGAAGAAUGAGACAGGGUGGUUGAAAAAAUAUCUUUACACUUUAGCCAUGACCACUUUUGUUUUCUGGGGAGCCCCAACAUUUGUGUCUGUGGUCACCUUUGGAACUUGCAUGCUUCUAGGGAUCCCGCUUGAAUCAGGGAAGAUCUUAUCUUCAAUUGCAACAUUCAGGAUACUUCAACAACCCAUUUACCAUCUUCCUGACUUAAUCUCAGCGAUAGCUCAGACUAAAGUUUCCCUUGACAGAAUUGCAUCCUUUCUUUGUCUGGAUGACCUGCAGAGUGAUGUUAUCGAGAGGCUUCCAAAAGGUAGUUCUGAUACAGCAAUUGAGAUAGUGGAUGGGAAUUUCUCUUGGGAUUUAUCUUCCCCUAAUCCAACACUGAAGGAUAUUAAUUUGCGGGUGUGCCGUGGCAUGAGGGUUGCUGUUUGUGGUACUGUAGGCUCAGGCAAGUCAAGCUUACUAUCUUGUAUGUUGGGAGAAGUGCCUAAGAUAUCUGGUAUCCUUAAGCUGUGUGGAACAAAGGCCUAUGUUGCUCAGUCUCCUUGGAUACAGAGUGGCAAGAUAGAAGAGAACAUCUUGUUUGGUAAGGAGAUGGACAGAGAAAGGUAUGAAAGGGUCCUUGAUGCAUGUUCCUUGAAGAAGGACCUGGAGGUUCUCUCAUUUGGUGAUCAGACAGUUGUAGGUGAGCGGGGAAUCAAUUUGAGUGGUGGCCAGAAGCAAAGAAUACAGAUUGCACGUGCGCUUUACCAAAAUACUGAUAUUUAUCUAUUUGAUGAUCCCUUCAGUGCUGUGGAUGCUCGUACAGGAACCCAUCUCUUUAAGGAAUGUUUGCUGGGUCUCUUGGGUUCGAAAACAGUGAUUUAUGUUACACAUCAAGUAGAGUUCUUACCUACUGCUGAUCUCAUACUGGUCGUGAAAGAUGGAAUGAUUACACAAGCUGGAAAGUACAAUGAAAUUCUUAACUCUGGAACUGAUUUUAUGGAACUUGUUGGAGCACAUGAGAAAGCUUUGUUACCACUCAAUUCUGUAGAGGCAGGUGAUAAUAUAGGUGGUACUUCUGAAGUUGUACAAAAAGAAGAAAACAAAGGUGGCCAAAAUGGUAAAGCAGAGGGGAUAGAUGGACCAAAAGGUCAGCUUGUUCAAGAAGAGGAGAGAGAGAAAGGUGAAGUUGGGUUACGGGUUUAUUGGAAAUACACCAGGACAGCAUAUGGAGGAGCUCUUGUGCCCUUUAUAUUGUUGUCACAGAUUCUCUUUCAGCUGCUUCAGAUUGGAAGCAAUUAUUGGAUGGCUUGGGCAAGUCCCGUGUCAGAUGAUGUGAAACCUGCAGUUAGAGGUUCUACUCUCAUGAUUGUUUAUGUAGCUUUGGCUGUUGGAAGUUCUUUUUGCGUCCUUUCUAGAGCCAUGCUUCUUGUAACAGCUAGUUACAAGACAGCUACUAUAGUCUUCAAUAAAAUGCAUUUGAGCCUUUUCCGUGCCCCAAUGUCAUUCUUUGAUGCCACCCCAAGUGGACGGAUUCUAAACAGAGCUUCUACAGACCAAAAUGCGAUCGACACAAACAUUCCCAUGCAAGUUGGGGCAUUUGCCUUCUCAUUGAUUCGGCUCCUGGCAAUUAUUGCAGUUAUGUCACAGGUUGCAUGGCAGGUUUUCAUUGUCUUUAUUCCUGUGAUUGCAACCUGCAUCUGGUAUCAGCAAUAUUACAUAUCUUCAGCACGAGAACUGUCAAGAUUGGCCAGAGUAUGCAAAGCUCCAGUAAUUCAACAUUUUUCUGAAACUAUAUCAGGAUCUAUGACCGUCAGGAGCUUUGAUCAAGAAUCUAGAUUCAAGGACACAAACAUGAAAUUAGUAGAUGGGUAUUUACGGCCCAAGUUCAACAUUGCUGGUGCAAUGGAAUGGCUGUGCUUCCGCUUGGAUAUGCUAUCUUCUGUUACAUUUGCCUUCUCUUUGGUUUUUUUAAUCUCUGUUCCAGAGGGAGUAAUUGAUCCUGGUAUUGCGGGCCUAGCAGUGACAUAUAGACUUACUUUGAACAUGUUACAAUUUGGGGUAAUAUGGAGUCUUUGCAAUACGGAGAAUAAAAUUAUAUCAGUUGAGAGAAUGCUUCAAUACACUUCCAUUCCAAGUGAGCCUCCUCUUGUCAUAGAAGAAAACAGGCCAGCAUGUUCCUGGCCUUCAUAUGGACAAGUUGAUAUUCAGGAUUUGCAGGUCCGCUAUGCCCCACACAUGCCACUUGUAUUGAGAGGUCUCACAUGCACUUUCCCGGGAGGAAUGAAGACUGGCAUUGUAGGGCGAAUUGGCAGCGGUAAAUCAACCCUCAUACAGACCCUCUUUCGAAUUGUUGAACCUGCCGCUGGUCAGAUUAUGAUAGAUGGUACCAACAUCUCUUCCAUUGGACUACAAAAUUUGCGGUCCAGACUAAGCAUUAUCCCUCAGGAUCCAACCAUGUUUGACGGGACUGUACGGAGCAACCUUGACCCACUUGAAGAGUACUCAGAUGGGCAGACUUGGGAGGCUCUGGAUAAGUGCCAGCUUGGAGAUGAAGUCAGGAAGAAAGAAGGAAAGCUAGAUUCUGUAGUUAUUGAGAAUGGAGAGAAUUGGAGCAUGGGUCAGAGGCAACUGGUUUGUCUUGGCCGACUUCUACUCAAGAAAAGCAAGGUCUUGGUGCUUGAUGAAGCUACUGCAUCAGUUGAUACAGCCACAGAUAAUCAGAUUCAGCAAACCCUUAGACAACACUUUGUCGAUUCUACAGUCAUAACUAUUGCACAUCGAACUACUUCUGUUCUUGAUAGUGACAUGGUUCUACUUCUGGAUCAUGGGAUAAUUGAGGAAUACGAUACCCCAACCAGAUUGCUAGAGAACAAGUCGUCAUCUUUCGCCAAGCUUGUAGCAGAGUACACUGUGAGGUCAAAUUCAAGUCUUGAAAAUGCGGGUGAUAUCUGAACCAGCAAGCCCACGUGAUGCACCCUUCAAAAACUUCAACUUAAAACCUUGCUUGACAAUGACGACAACUAAAAUGCAGUUACAAUCCCAUAUGCAGUACUUGAUUAGCAUUCAAAACUGAUGUUUUUCCAUAUAUAGAAAU